AUGAACGCAAACAACCUCUUAGCCAGCAUCUGCCUGAAACAGCAGAAGGAAGAGAAGCGGCAGAUGCCCUCCGUCCUUUGUCUAGAUGUCCUCCCCCAAGCCUUAGGGAUGGGGGCGUCGCAGCAGCAGCAUCAUUUGCUUCUGUGGGGGCUCCGGAUGCGGCUGGAAAAGUUCUUGGACAACUUGCUUCCCGCCGAACAGCACAAAGAAAGGAGCGAUCUAUGUUUUGCAUGUGAAUGUGGGAUACGUUUGUUUGCCAUUGCUUGCAUCAUGCAGACGCCACAGGAUCACCUGCCCUGCCUGACAAGCAAAGGAGACAUCAAAAUGCAGGAAGAAAAGCAAAAUGAAGACUUCUUGAGGGAAAUAGAGGCUGAGAGGGAAAAGGCUGUCAUUGACUGGAAGGAAAUGCAUGACAUUCUGGAGGAACUGCAGCAGCUUAUGCUAGGCUGGCUGGAAGAGAUAAAGAGCUACAUUGUCCACCAACAGAAGGAGAUCGUCAGGUUUCCUAGGGAGAGCUGCCGUGUCAAGGGACUGGGAAGAGAGAAGAGACAGCAGCUCCUCUUGGAUGAGGACAGCUCUAAGUGCAGAGAUGAGAUGUUUUCCUUGAAGCCUCAGGUAGAUUUGGUGGAUCUGAAGCAGAGACUGAACGCUUUCUCUCAGAAAAGGGCUGUUUUGCAGAGGACGCUGCUGGAGUUCAAAGAGACUCUCCGGCUGGAACUGAAGCUCUAUGGAGGAGAUGGGCAAAUAAACGAGGUGGCGGAUAAAAAGCCUCACAUAGAUCAUUCCGAGCGUGAGGAACCCCAUGAGAGGCCAACAGGAAAAGCCAUGGAGAUCAUUCCCCUGCAUCCCAAAAUGCAAGAUGCUUUGGACAGCCAGUGUAGUGCAAAGAGAGAGCCAAGAAACUGCCUGAGCAACGGGGAAGAGAAUAAAUCUUGCCAAGGAAAUGACAGGGACCUUGACAGAAACAUAGCUCAGGAGAGGGCACUGGGGAACAAGAAACAGAAGAUGUGCGGAGAGUGUGGGAAAAGCUUCAGCCAGAGAUCUCGCCUCAUAAGGCAUCAAAGGAUCCACACUGGCGAGAAACCGUACAAGUGUUCGGACUGUGGGAAGAGUUUUUGCCAGCCAUCCGGCCUCAUCGUUCAUCGGCGAACCCAUACGGGCGAGAGGCCGUACCAAUGCUGUCACUGUGAGAAGAGCUUCAGCUUGAACUCUAACCUCAUUGCACAUGAGAGGACCCACACAGGUGAGAAGCCCUUCAAAUGCUCACACUGCGGGAAAGGCUUCAGUCAGCGGUCGGGCCUCCUUGCGCACGAAGGAACCCACCGGGAAGAGAAGCCGUACAAAUGCACGGACUGCGGGAAGAGCUUCUGUCGCAGCUCGGAUCUUAUCGUCCAUGUGACAACCCACACGGGGGAGAAGCCUUAUAAAUGUUCGCACUGUGGGAAGAGUUUUAGUCGGCGGCCAGACCUUAUUGUGCAUGAGAGGACCCACACAGGAGAGAAACCAUAUAAAUGUCCUGACUGUGGGAAAAGUUUUAGCCAGCGGUCAGGCCUUAUAGCCCAUGAACGAACCCAUGUACAGGAGAAACCGUGCAAAUGCAGAAUUUGCAAUAAGAGUUUUAGCCAUAGCUCUCAUCUCGCCGUACAUGAGACGACACAUGUGGAAGAGAAACCAUUUAAGUGCCUGGAUUGUGGGAAAAGCUUUGGCCGGAAGCCGGAUCUCGUAGUACACCAAAGAAACCACACUGGGGAGAAACCGUACGAAUGCUCAGAUUGUGGGAAAUCCUUUAGCCAGAGGCCAAACUUGAGUGCACACGAAAGGACCCACAUGGGGGAGAAGCUGUACCCGUGUUCGGAUUGUGGGAAGAGUUUCCGCAACAGCUCCAACCUCAGGUCCCACAAGCGGACCCAUAUUGGGGACAAACCAUACAAAUGCUCGGUCUGUGAGAAGAGUUUCAAGUGGAGCUCCAACCUCAUUGCCCACGAAAGAACCCACACGGGCGAGAAACCCUACAGGUGCUUGGACUGUGGGAAAAGCUUCAAGUGGAGCUCGGAUCUUAUCAGACACCAGAGAACCCACAUGGGGGAGAACUCUUGA